CCCAUUGAGGAUGGUUUUUCUUGUUCCAGAGGGCUUCACAGUCGAGCCUACAGCUUCAGCUGGCACCAUCUCUGGAGCACCAGACGGCCGCCAUGCUGUCAAUUCUGGAACGGUACAAAUGGCACAGGUUCUCUGUUGUUACAUCGCAGAUCGCAGGCCACGACGACUUCAUCCAGGCGAUCCGAGAACGCAUUUCAGAAGUUCAAGACCGUUUCAAGUUUACCAUCCUGAACGCCGUGCUUGUCACGAAGCCGUCCGACCUGCUGGAACUCGUCAACUCGGAAUCGCGGGUCAUGCUGCUCUACGCGACCAGGGAAGAAGCGAUGCACAUACUCGCGGCGGCACGAGAUUAUCAGAUAACUGGGGAAAACUACGUCUGGGUCGUGACACAGAGCGUCAUUGAGAAUCAGAUGAACCCGACCCACUUUCCCGUCGGCAUGCUCGGAGUACAUUUUGACACAUCUUCAGACAGGCUGCUAAGCGAAAUCACGACUGCGAUCAAAGUCUACGCCCACGGCGUCGAGGACUUCGUCAACGACCCUAAGAACGCCGAUUAUUCCCUGAAUACGCAACUCAGCUGCGAAGGUGGAGCGGGUGACUCUAGGUGGAGGACGGGCGACCGCUUUUUCAAAUAUUUGAGGAAUGUCAGCGUGGAAGGGGAGCAAGGAAAGCCCAAUGUGGAAUUUACGGCCGACGGCGUCUUAAAAUCUGCGGAAUUGAAGAUAAUGAAUCUUCGACCCGGAGGAAGCAAACAGCUGGUCUGGGAGGAGAUCGGCGUUUGGAAGUCUUGGCAGAAGGAAGGUUUGGAUAUAAAGGACAUCGUAUGGCCCGGCAAUUCUCACACACCGCCCCAGGGUGUCCCGGAGAAGUUUCACCUCAAAAUUACAUUCCUGGAAGAGCCGCCUUACAUUUCUUUAGCACCACCGGACCCUGUUACUGGAAAAUGCAACAUGAACAGAGGAGUUAUAUGCAGGGUGGCACGUGAAGCUGACAUCGCCGAGGUUGAUAUUCCCACUGCACACCUGAACGGAUCGUACUACCAAUGCUGUUCCGGAUUCUGUGUCGAUCUUUUGGAAAAAUUUGCAGAAGAGCUCGGUUUCACCUACGAGCUCGUACGUGUCGAAGAUGGAAGAUGGGGAACGCUGGAGAAUGGCAAAUGGAACGGUUUGAUUGCUGAUCUCGUGAACAGGAAAACUGACAUGGUUAUGACUUCUUUGAUGAUCAAUUCCGAAAGGGAGGCCGUCGUGGAUUUCUCCGUUCCGUUCAUGGAGACCGGAAUAGCGAUUAUCGUUGCCAAGAGGACUGGAAUAAUCUCUCCGACCGCUUUCCUCGAACCGUUUGACACGGCAUCUUGGAUGUUGGUCGGCGUCGUCGCAAUUCAAGCAGCGACAUUCACGAUAUUUUUGUUCGAAUGGCUCAGCCCCAGCGGUUUCAACAUGAAGUGCUUCCAGCAGCAAACUGGCGUCUCGACCAGUCACAGAUUCUCCCUUUUUAGGACAUACUGGCUCGUCUGGGCUGUACUAUUUCAAGCGGCGGUACAUGUCGAUUCGCCGAGAGGAUUUACAUCAAAAUUUAUGACGAACAUGUGGGCCAUGUUUGCUGUUGUGUUUCUUGCCAUAUACACUGCCAACCUGGCAGCUUUCAUGAUCACGAGAGAAGAAUAUCACGAUUUCACCGGAGUCGACGACAACAAACUUUCGAAGCCAUACAGUCAAAAGCCGAUGUACAAGUUCGGCACGAUACCGUGGAGCCACACAGAUUCGACGCUCAAAAAAUAUUUCAAGGAGAUGCACUCGUACAUGAGGCCGUUCAACCGUACCUCAGUGACCGGGGGAGUGGAUUCCGUAAUAAACGGGGAUUUAGACGCAUUUAUAUACGACGGUACAGUUUUGGAUUAUCUGGUUGCUCAAGAUGAAGACUGCCGCCUGUUGACGGUUGGCUCCUGGUAUGCGAAAACCGGCUACGGCCUGGCAUUCACCAGAAACUCGAAAUAUCUGCAGAUGUUCAACAAGCGACUACUCGACUUCAGAGAAAACGGCGAUCUUGAGAGACUCCGCAGGUACUGGAUGACGGGGACAUGCAAACCUGGCAAGCAGGAGCACAAAUCAUCCGAUCCUUUGGCCCUGGAGCAGUUUCUGUCGGCUUUCUUGCUUCUCAUGGCAGGCAUACUGUUCGCAAUGUGCCUCCUUCUCCUAGAGCAUAUCUACUACAAAUACGUGAGGAAACACCUCGCUAAAACAGACAGAGGGGGUUGCUGCGCGCUCGUCAGCCUUAGUAUGGGAAAGUCGUUGACGUUUAGAGGAGCGGUUUACGAAGCGCAAGGGAUACUCAGAGACCACAGAUGCCAGGAUCCGAUCUGCGACACCAGACUGUGGAAAGUCCAGCACGAGCUUGACCUAGCCAGGAGGCUGAUAAGACAGCUGGAAAGGGAAAUGGAGUCUCAAGGGAUAAAACCGUCGCAUAAGAGGCGAAAACAUGCGGAACCGGAAACGUGCUGUUGGCUCCAGUGCGCAGAACCACAGCCAUCCCCAAUACCGUCUGACCUCGCAUCGACUCGGCUUCCAUGCUGUGACAACAUAAUCAGGAACACAGAAGUUAUGCGGACCAGGGAUAUGACCAGGAACCAUAUAACGACAACAGAAUACGGAGGCAGGUUCUGCGCCUCGACCCCUCAGCUGUACAGGUCAAAGAGAAAAAAAUUUAAAACGAGGAGUCACCCAAUACUGCUGAGUGGCAAGACGGAGAUAGCGGAAAUGGAAACAGUUCUGUGAUACGUGGAGACCAACGAGCGCAGCCUCCAACCGACCCUGAAUUACAGAUUUCCGGUCUGGUAGCUAAAGCCCUCCUGGGGUCGCUACGUCCCCACAGUGUCACCGGUGCACAACUGCAUCAACAGGAUCAAACCUGAGAAUACGGACGAAAAACUUUGAAAAUUUUAAUUAAGGGCUACUUAGAAACUUUUCAGACUGCGAACUACAAAAUUCAUUAGUUAGGAGAAUCCGUGCGAAGAGGAAAUUUAUUUUUGUACAGAUACCAGGAAUUUUUUUCUCCUUGUGUCACAUUUUACCCUCGACGAAGAAAUGAAAACUUUAGGAAAAUAAAAAAUAUAAUUUACAA